CCUGCUCAGGUUCCGUGGAUCCAGACUCCGGUGUGACACCUGUCCAGGCUGACGGGGCCGCUCAUUCACGGGAACCACACAGACAAACCGGACCCGUGCUCCGGUUGGGAUCUACACUGACAGCCGGGGCUAGCUCUGAGGCUAGCCGAGCGUUAGCCGGUCAGGCAGCGGGGCGAUCAGCGGGCAGAGGGACAGCAGCAUGGCCGGAGGGAACCACAGCAGGGCCGGGGAGGAGAAGGCAUCGAGCCGGGGUCAGAGUGACGUCAACAAGAAGUUGAAGUACAUCAGCCUGGCGGUGCUGGUGGUCCAGAAUGCUUCGCUCAUCCUCAGCAUCCGAUACGUGCGCACGUUGCCAGGCGACCGCUUCUUCGCCACGUCAGCCGUCGUCAUGGCAGAGGUCCUGAAAGUGUCGACGUGUGUGAUCAUCAUCCUGCUGCAGAAGAGAUUCAGCGUGAAGGAGACGGCGUUGUUCCUGUUCGACUCCAUCGUGUGUCAGUACAAAGACACUCUGAAGCUGGCCGUCCCCUCACUCAUCUACACUCUGCAGAACAACCUGCAGUACAUCGCCAUCUCCAACCUGCCGGCCGCCACCUUCCAGGUCACGUACCAGCUGAAGAUCCUCACCACAGCUCUGUUCAGUGUGUUGAUGCUCAGAAAGUCUCUGUCCAGAGUCCAGUGGGUUUCUCUGCUGCUGCUGUUCGCCGGCGUCGCCAUCGUACAGGUUCAGCAGGAAGGAAACAAGGAGAAGUCGGUGUCGGACAGCUCCAACCAGAACUACAUGGUGGGUCUGGUUGCCGUGGUGAUCAGCUGCCUGUCAUCGGGAUUCGCCGGCGUUUACUUUGAGAAGAUCCUGAAGGGAAGCUCCGCCUCCGUCUGGGUACGAAACGUGCAGCUGGGGAUUUUCGGCACGGUGCUCGGCCUGCUGGGAAUGUGGUGGAACGACGGAGCUGCCAUCAUGGAGCGCGGCUUCCUGUUUGGCUACACCAGCAUGGUGUGGUGCGUGAUUUUCAACCAGGCGUUCGGCGGGCUGCUGGUCGCCGUGGUGGUGAAAUACGCCGACAACAUCCUGAAGGGCUUCGCCACCUCCUUCUCCAUCAUCGUGUCCACGGUGGCGUCCAUCUACCUGUUUGGCUUCCACGUGGACCUGAUGUUCACAGCGGGGGCGGGGCUAGUGAUCGGCGCCGUCUACAUGUACAGCCUCCCCAAAGCACCCGCCGGCGGAUCUUCGUCCCCGAGCUCCUCAUCAUCUUCCUCUGCGUCUUUGGCGUCUCCGAGGACAGACGUAGGCGCAGAGAUGGAGGCGUUCCUGCCAAAGUGUGCAGGUAAACAGAAAGGAUCCUAAUGAACCUCCGUCUGGAUGAACUGCUGCCUCCUUCACCGCUGAGGUCUCAACAUUUCACCAAACAUCCCUUUUAUUUCAUUUUAUUGUAUGUUCUCAUACUCUGCCCCACAGCGCCCCCUCUGGUUCUUUGUGGUACUGCAGUGAAUCCAUUCAGCUGCUUUAAUUACUGAACAUUUCAAUGAUCUGCUCACAUUUUUGUUUUAUUUUAUUGGAUUAUUUAACAGAGACAUUGGAUGUUUAUUCACAUUACUGUAAAUGCACCAAAGUUCACCUAAUGACUGUUUUUCAUCUGCAGUCACCACGAUUUACACACAGUAUGUUUGAAAUCUAUUUUCUAAAGCUUUAAGAUAUUCUUACAUGUUUAUAUGGAAGACAGAUUCUGCCAGGAAAUAAAAUAAAAAAAAAAAACAACUAACAAAAUGUCAGAAAUAACAAUGUAAAAAUUAAAGUUUAUUUUUAUAAAUCUGUGAAAAGGGAUUUAUUGAUAACAUUUCAAAAGUAAACUAGCCAACAUUUCUAUUUAGGAUGAUAAAUAAAUAAAUAAAAUGUCAAUGCAUUUUUAUAAAGAUAAUCUGUAACCAUAAAUUAAAUACUUUUAUUUUACAAUUGUGACAAAAAUCAACAUCUAAAAAGGGAAAUCAUCAAAAAAUCUAAUUAAUUUUAUCAUUUUAGGUAUUUGAACAUUUCAAAAUAAAGGUCAUAAAAUUUCCACUUUUCACUUAUAUACAGGUACAUUGCUAAAAUAGUCUUUUUAUACUAAAUAAAAAUAAGCUAUUUAACUAAGAGUAUUAACUCCAUAGAAUGAUGAGAUAAAAUAUUAAACAUUGCACAUUCUUCUGUUAUUUACAAGCAGUUUUUUUUUUUUUUUAAUAAAAUCUAUGAUGAAAUUGAGUAAAGUUAUUUCAAAAUUGGCAGCAAAAAGACUCACAACUGUAUUUAUUUUUUUAAUAUUUCUCGUUAAAGGUCAUAUUUCUUAUUCAGACUGUGUUUUAUUAUUUAAAGAUGCAAUAAUUGAUGGCGUUUACAUUUCUAAUAAAGUCAGUAACACUAAAGUGCCUUUGAGCAAAGCAGGGAACUGACACCUGAUGUGACUUUAAGCUUUUAAUGUGAAAGUUUACACCGUUUCCUCUGAAGCUGUUUGAGUUCACAGGUUUUUAUAAGGAAACAUUAUUUAUUUCUACUUUUAUUUUCCUCUAAACCCUCUUCCUAUUUCGGAUGGAUAUUUGUUUUUUCACCUCGAUGCCUUAAAAAUGUCCUGAUAGUUUGUAAAUGUGUUUAUUUUUUGGACAAAUUAAAAGUGAAUCUGCUUCUUAUUGCCCAGUUUUAAUACGAUACUGUGUUUGGGUUUUUAUUUUAUGCAAUCAAACAAUGAUGAGAUUCAUUUUAAAGCUUUAAAAGGGAGGAGCUUUACUUUUUUGUGUACAUUUUUUUUCUGUUUUAUUUCACAUUUCCAUUUAAUCCACGAUCUUAAGUGAAAAUAAAAGCCGUAUACUUAUUCAUUAUUUUUAAUGUGACAGAUAAUGUUUUCUUUAUUAAUAUUGGGAAUAUAUUUUGUAUUUAU